GGCAGAUCUCCACCAUCAUCAUCAAUUCAUCCGAUCUUCUCCAAACCCACUGUUUCAUCGAUUUCCAGGGUCGAUUCCAAGCUCUGUUCAAGUUCGAGUCCUUGUUCUUUCUGUGGGAGUUUGAUUGUGGUAUUGCGAAAAAGGGAAGGAAAAUGCUGGGGAUAUUCAAGAAGGGCCUGGCUCACCCGCCGCAGGAGCUCAACAGCCCGCACCCGAUGCAGGCGGCGGCGGCGGCGGCAACGAGGGAGCCCAAGUUCCCGAGGGAGAUAUUGGAGGAUUUCCUGGCUACCCAUCAGUCCGGCAGCGGCAGCAGCAAUGCCUUCUCGGUCAGCUUCGAAGACGGCGCCCUGCUCGCUUACGCUCGCCCCGAGAAGUCCUACUCGGUCCAUCAAAGAUUGUUCUGCGGCAUGGACGACAUCUACUGCAUCUUCCGGGGCAGCCUGAACAACCUGUGCAGCCUCAUCAAGCAGUACGGCCUGAACAAGGGCGCGAACGAGGCCAUGCUCGUGGUCGAGGCCUACCGGACCCUCCGCGACCGGGGCCCAUACCCGGCCGACCAGGUCCUCAAGGACCUGGACGGCGACUACAGCUUCGUGCUCUACGAUGGCAAGGCCAGGACCGUAUUCGCUGCAUCCGGAGCGGAAGAAGGGGUGAGGCUGUUCUGGGGGAUUGCAGCAGACGGCUCUCUAGUGAUCUCGGACAACUUGGAGGCCGUGAAAGGGAGCUGUGCCAAGUCGUUUGCUCCAUUCCCAGCAGGAUGUAUGUUUCAUAGCGAGCAUGGAUUGAUGAGCUUCGAACAUCCAAGGAACAAGGUGAAGGCGAUGCCAAGAAUCGACAGCGAGGGAGUCAUGUGCGGGGCCAAUUUCAAGGUCGAUGUCCAGUCCAAGGUUCACGCUAUGCCACGCGUUGGGAGUGAAGCCGACUGGGCAGUUUGGGGCCAAAAUGCAUUAUAAUAAUCCCUUAGGAAGAAACCCAUUUUAAGCAAAGAUCGAAAGUUCGAUUCUGCCUUUGUAAUUUUCUUUUUUCAAUUUCCUGCUUGGAUUUUUCGUUGUCAUUUCUUCUUCUUCUUCUUCUACUCUCGAGCUGACUUUGGUGGGUUUCCCAUUGGGAAAGUUGCACGUCUUUGCUGCUUAUGUACAUGUUUGACCCUUUAGAACAUUAAUAAAAAUGAUCUGAAUUUGGUAGCGAAAA